GGAUCAGUAUAUAAUGUGUUAUGUCCUCCAGCCUGUUCCCUUUCCCUUUCCAACUUUUUCUUCUCUCUCCCUCUCUCUUUCUCUCUCUGUGUCUCUCCCUGUCUCUCUCUUUCCCCUAGCCCUGACCAAACUGAUCGAUCCAGCUUCAAAACAUUCAGAAAACCUCUUCUAGCUUACAGAUCACUGGUCCAACUUGGCUUCCAAUUUGAAUCUGGUUGGAAGGUAAGAGAAAGUGAAAGAGAGAUUCAAGGGAAGGAAAGGAAACAAAGAUCUCAUCUUAGAGUGGAGAAGAGGAGGAAGAAGAAGAAGAUGACACCAAAUUUGGCCUCUCAAUUUGGUGACACGACCUACACCAAAGUGUUUGUGGGAGGGCUGGCUUGGGAGACUCAUAAGGAAACCAUGAAGAAAUAUUUUGAGCAGUUCGGGGAUAUCUUGGAGGCUGUAGUCAUCACUGACAAGAAUACCGGCAGAUCUAAAGGCUAUGGAUUUGUUACCUUUCGUGAGGCUGAGGCAGCCAUGAGAGCUUGUGUUGAUCCUUCUCCGGUGAUAGAUGGAAGGAGGGCUAAUUGUAAUCUUGCUUCUUUAGGGGUGCAAAGAACAAGACCCCCUACACCUCAACAUGGUGGAAGCAGGAGCUUUAGGGUGAUGAAAUCAUAUCAAGGAGGUGUUCAAGCUGGUGGCAUGGCUACAGCUUUCCCUUCUCCUGUCACCUUCCCUCAUUAUGCCAUCCAUCAGGGUAUUCCAUAUAAUGUAUACGGCUAUUCCCCUUACUCUCCGGACUACCCUUGCCCUACGGCAUACUAUAAUGUCUAUGGGGGUGGGGCUGGUCAUCAAUAUCCAUUAUAUGGUGGGAAUAGUACUGCUACUGGUAAUGGAAUGGUAACUGGAACAAAUGCUUUCUAUCCAUAUUUUCAGUUUGGUCAUGGACAUACAGGCUAUGGCUUACAGUAUCCACAGCUGUUCCAGUACUCUGAGAUGAACUCAACAGCUGGAAUUACAGGAUUUGCAGCUCAGCACUAUGGAGUUUCGCCUGUUUCUCUGGCCCCAAGCACCCCAGCACAAGUUGCAGGCUUGACAAUGUCUCUCAUGACUGCACCCUCUCUUCCAACUCCAGCAGCAAACCACCACUACAGGUUUAUCCCUUCUCAAUUCCCCACCACAGCCAUUCGUGAGCAACCUUUGGCCUAACCAUGGUUAAAAUUUCUUCAUUUGUGCCCCCUUAGCUCCAUCAUCUCUUCCUUUGUUAUUUCUUUGUCCAUUCAUUCACAUAUGAAAAUUAAACCAUGCAAUCGCACGUACAAAGAUAAGGAAGAUCAAAACCUAAAGCCAUGGGAUGGUUUGAAGCUUUAGCUAAAGCUCUGGGAUGGGCUUAAAGCUAACCUUCUUCUAUGCACACUCCAAGGGUUGGGGUGUUUCAUCAACAAAGAGAAACUAGAGAGACAUUCUCGUCUAACUUCAUAGAUAUAAAUGCAUGCCUAAGUUGGACAACUUGGGCUUCGUUUGGGACAGCUUUUUUAUUUUUUCUUGAGACAACUUUCUAGUACAAAAAUUAUUGUUUUUUUAUGCUAGAAAGCUGCUUCAAAAAAUAGUAAGAAAACCGAUCCAAACGAAACUUUAGACUUUAUGUCAAAAAGUACAGCAGUUAUAUACAUAGAGUAAGCAAGUAUUUUUCUAUGCUUGCAAUGUUAUUAAUUAGGUCGACCACAUGUGGUUACUUGGCAGGUUUUGUUGUAUAGGGCAAAGGCUUAGCCCUUCCACAUUUUCUCCUAACUUCAGCUAGUUCUCUAGUGGACUUAGCUGACCCACAUCAUUAUUUCUUCUCAUGCAUGCAUGUGCCUCUUUAGUACUGGGCAAGCUAACAUGUCAACCUUAUCUAUGAUAAGGUAAGAAUACCUUUCUUUUUUUCACUCUUUAUUGUGUAAUUAGAUGCAUAUGGCUGAUUAUCAGGCUCUAUGGUGAGCUUGUUUUUUUCAGCUAGAGGAGGGCUAAUGUUUUGGUAUUGGCCUUCCUUUGUCUUCUAACUGAGCUAGGACUCUAGAGGUGGCUUUGGAGUUCUAGUUGCACUUGGGAGAAUUUUUUUCUUCCAUCAAUCAUGUAAACAUUGGACCCUAGGGAGAUGUUUUUGGUCUCUUUGGUCCAAGUUUUAAUAGGCAUCCAAAGUAGAUCUACCAUGGUUAGGUUCAUGAUCUCUCUCUCUCUCUCUCUCUCUCUCUCUCUCUCUCUCUCUCUUUCAAGAGUUCUCUAUCUCAAGAACUUGGCAUGUAACAUUAAGAAGACUUAUGAUGAUGCUUUUAAUUAAGUAGACUACUUAUGAUGAUGCUUUUAAUUAAGUAGACUGUUUAAUGGAUUGUAAUAACUAAGAAUGCUAUUAUCUUAGGCAGUUUGUUUGGCACUGAAUUAUAUUAGUACUUAUAUGUUUGUAGUUGAUGUGAUGUGGCUUCAAAACUUUAUGAUGUGUAAUUUUUGUGUUAUGGGUAAAUUAAUUAAUUGCUUCUGGUA